CACUAAAGGAAGUCUGUAAACCAGACCUCAAACAGCUACUUUAUAUCCAUUUUGGCUUUAAGUCUGAGAAUCCAUUUGUCAAAUUUGCAAUGGAGAACAGCACUGCCUCUCUCCUCAUAACACACAGUCUCAUUGCCAGCACGAUCUCUGCUUGGAACAAUAUAACAAGUGCACCAAAAUACACAACUGAACCCGAUGUCAGCACUGAAGACAUUUAUUAUGACUAUUACAAUACUGACAUUGGUGAGAGCUUUGGCAUCUGUGAUUAUGGAAGCCAUGACAAGCACUUCCUUCCUGUACUCUACUCCCUCUUCUUCGUGGUGGGCUUCCUCGGCAACGCCCUGGUGGUGUGGGUCAUCCUGGGGGGAGCUCAUCUAAGAAGCAUGACCGACGUAUGCCUGCUCAACCUGGCUUUUGCCGACCUGCUCUUGGUCAUCUGUCUGCCCUUCCUGGCCCACUACGCCAGGGACCACUGGGUUUUCGGGAGCGCCAUGUGCACCGUCGUCCUCGGCUCGUACUACGUCGGCUUCUACAGUGGCAUCUUCUUCGUCGUAUUGAUGAGCGUGGACCGAUAUCUGGCCGUGGUGCACGCCGUGUUCGCACUGAGGAUCCGAACAAAGGCGUUCGGGAUCCUGUCCAGCGCGCUUGUCUGGGUGGUCGCCGUGAUGGCGUCUUUCCCCGAGCUGAUGUACCUCCGUGUGGAGACGUUCAACAACACACAGCUCUGCAGUGCUUAUCAAAAUAAGCAUAAGCAGCACGACUUGAGGGUGAUUGGGUUCUUUAAGAUGAAUGUCCUGGGCCUGCUAUUGCCUCUGGCCGUCAUGGGGUUUUGCUACUGGAAGGUGCUGCGUCGGCUCCUCAAGCUGCGCAACUCCAAGCAGCAGGCCGUCCGCCUCGUUUUUGUGGUGAUGGCUGUCUUCUACUGCUGCUGGACCCCAUACAAUGUGGUGGCGUUCCUCAAGAACCUGGAACUGAAGAGCAUCUGGGAAAUGGACUGCGAGUCCAGCAAAAUGAUCCAGGUAUCUCUGCAGGUGACAGAGGCCAUAGCCUACUCCCACAGCUGCCUCAACCCUUUCCUCUAUGUGUUCAUGGGGGAGAAAUUUAAGAGGCAGCUUGUAAAACUUCUGCGUAAGACACCAUGCAUCAAACUGCAGUUCAUGAAGAAGUACUUCCCCUCAGUGACGGGCUCGGUGUAUUCACAGACCACGACCGUGGAGGAGCGUUCCACUGGCCUCUGAACAACAGCAGU